UGUGUUCCAAGAUGUGGGCCGGGCGCUCUCGGUGAGGGCGAUACAACACUCCAUUAAGAACUUCCUCACCAAACCCAAGGAAGAGAUCAGGCAAGAUUUGUGCUGGGCACAUCCUUUGGAGUGAGGCUGUGCUGGGCAGGUAUUCCCUCUUACUCCUCACUCCGUGACAGCUAAUCAGUAACCAAGGACCAUGUGACUACUGCUCACAGAAACCUGAACAGGCAGGUGCUGCUGAUGGUGGAACUGGGACUGAGGAGGUGUUGAUUCCAAAGUAUCAUUCCUGAAAAAUCAGGAUCUCACACUUUCAAGAGAACUCCACAGAGGUGAUGCCAGGGAAGUCAAAAUUUAGAAAGCUCCUCUGAAGAGAAAGAGAAGAUUCAACAGGCCACUGUGAUGCUUCAAGCAAGGCAAUAUGAGAAAGACAAGAAGCUUCAGGCAUAAGACAGUUAAAGACAAUAAAACACUUACAGAAGUGAGUGAGCAAGACUCUGAAAAAGAUGGUAGUCAGUGCUUGGAUCCUGCAACAAACAUGAGAGUUCAGGCUGAAAAGAAACAGUAUGUAUGUACUGAGUGUGGGAAAGCCUUUAGUCAGAGUGCAAAUCUUACAGUACAUGAAAGAAUACACACAGGAGAGAAACCCUAUAAGUGUAAGGAGUGUGGAAAAGCCUUCAGUCAUAGCUCCAACCUUGUUGUUCAUCGAAGAAUCCACACUGGACUGAAGCCCUACACAUGCAGUGAAUGUGGGAAAUCUUUCAGUGGUAAGUCACACCUCAUUCGGCACCAGGGAAUCCAUAGUGGGGAGAAAACUUAUGAAUGUAAGGAGUGUGGGAAAGCCUUUAGUCGGAGUUCAGGUCUUAUUUCACAUCAUAGAGUUCACACUGGGGAAAAGCCCUACACUUGUAUCGAGUGUGGGAAAGCCUUUAGCCGUAGUUCAAACCUUACUCAACAUCAAAGAAUGCACAAAGGAAAAAAAGUUUACAAAUGUAAGGAGUGUGGGAAAACAUGUGUUUCUAAUACAAAGAUUAUGGACCAUCAGAGAAUUCACACAGGGGAGAAGCCUUACGAGUGUGAUGAGUGUGGAAAAGCUUUCAUUUUAAGGAAGACCCUUAGUGAACAUCAGAGACUUCACCGUAGAGAGAAACCUUACAAAUGUAAUGAAUGUGGGAAAGCUUUUACUUCUAACCGAAACCUUGUUGAUCAUCAGAGAGUUCACACUGGAGAGAAACCCUAUAAAUGUAACGAAUGUGGAAAAACCUUCAGGCAGACUUCUCAAGUUAUUCUACAUUUGAGAACCCACACUAAGGAGAAACCCUAUAAAUGUAGUGAGUGUGGGAAAGCCUAUCGUUAUAGCUCACAACUUCUUCAACACCAGAGAAAACAUAAUGAGGAGAAAGAAACAUCAUAAAUAACAUAUAUUGUCGUUUGUAGGCCUAAUUGCUACUUUCUGGAAAAACAAUUUUUCAUUGUUCUCAACCUUAAUUCAAUUUCUAAGACUCCAUACAGGGAAAGUAACCAGAAGCAGGCAAAGAUUAACAGAGGGAUAUUCAUGCUAGCAUCAUAUAUAACUGAAGGAAGAGAACUAGAUUUUCAGUAGUAUAGGGUUUAAAUGAAUGAUAGUCUAUCUACAUGAUGGUUUUGCAGCCAUUAUAAACAUUCUUAAAGAAUAUUUAAUGUCAUGGGGAAAAUUAUUUGUAUGAAAUGGAAGAUAAAAAACAAAUUUGAUCCAAAUUUUUAAACAUUUACCUAUAGGAGAAAAAUGGGAAUGAAAUAAUACCAAACCAAAACGUUGACAGUGAUUAUCAUUGGGUGAUAGGAUUAUAGAUGAUUUCUAUUUUCUUUAUACUUUUCUAUGCUUCUUAGAUUUUCUACAAGAAUGUAGUACUUUUAUAUUCAGGAAAGAAAUACAGUAUUUUUUAAAUGCAGUGAGUAUGUGCUCAUUUUCACUCAGCAGUGUUAUGCAAGUCAUGUAGAACAUGGACCCUAAACUCAUGGGAUUCCACCCUAAUACUGGCAGUUGGUAGCAGUGGGAGCAUGAGCAAGUCAUUUCCUUUUAGAGCCUGUUUCCUGUUUAUUAAAUAAUAAACACCAGUCAUUGGUCUUUUGCAGUUUUAA